AGGAGCCGCAGCCGUCACAGAGGAGCUGCUGCAGCGAGCCGGGAGCACGUUGUCUCGUCCCCGUCCUCGCAGGGAGCGGUUCUCUCGCUCUGGUCCCUGCUGUUCCCCAGGUUUGCAACAAUGGUAAAGGAAGAUGUAAAUAACAGUGAAGAUUCUGAGCCAUCAGUAUGUGAGCGAAAUGGCAUGAUUCUUAUGCAUGAGCAAAGUGAGCAGGGACCAACAGCAGAUCCCAAAGGUACUGAUGGGAAUACACAAACAGAAGAAACUGCUCUCUUGAACCACUGUGCUCAGCAACCUCCAGAACCAAUAGCAGGGUCUUCAAGAACAUGGAGGCAAAUAUUUGCUUGUCCUCCUCGGGGUUUACUGGCCCAAACAGUGACAAAUGUUGCAGUCGUGGUCCUGGUUUGGGCUGUGGUUUGGUCCAUAACUGGGGCUGAGUGUCUCCCAGGUGGAAAUCUGUUUGGAAUUCUAUUUCUUUAUUUUUUUGCUGUCAUUGGAGGUAAAAUUUUUGGAUUCAUCAAAAUACGAACCCUACCCCCUCUCCCUGCUCUUCUGGGGAUGCUACUUGCUGGUUUCCUAAUCCGAAACACUCCGUUCAUUAGUGACUUUGUCCAGAUAAACCUGCGCUGGUCCGCAGCACUGAGGAAUAUUGCUCUUUCAAUUAUCUUGACCCGAGCAGGACUCGGCCUGGAUCCAAAGGCUCUUAAGAAGCUCAAAGCUGUCUGUUUACGGCUUGCUUUUGGACCGUGCCUCUCAGAAACAUGCACAGCUGCUGUUCUUGCCUACUUUCUCCUGCAUUUGCCAUGGCAGUGGGGAUUUAUAUUAGGUUUUGUUGUAGGUGCAGUCUCCCCUGCUGUGGUGGUUCCCUCAAUGCUGAUUUUACAAGCUGGGGGAUAUGGAGUGGAGAAAGGUGUCCCAACUUUGCUAAUGGCAGCUGGCAGCAUUGAUGACAUUCUGGCUAUCACAGGCUUCAACACUUGCCUUGGAAUGGCUUUCUCCUCCGGUUCUACUCUGUACAAUGUGCUCCGUGGAGUGCUGGAAGUUGCUGUUGGCAUAGCAGCUGGGGGGAUUCUGGGAAUGUUUAUUCGAUAUUUUCCAAGCCAUGAUCAGGCAUCUCUGGCAUGGAAGAGAUCAUAUUUUGCACUUGGAUUGUCCAUGUUUGCUGUUUUUGGCAGCAUCUACUUUGGCUUCCCUGGAUCAGGAGGACUCUGCACAUUAGUCUUAGCCUUUGUUGCAGGUGUGGGAUGGUCUGAUGAAAAGAGGGACGUAGAAAAAAUUGUGGCAGUUGCAUGGAAUAUCUUCCAACCUUUUCUUUUUGGUUUAAUUGGAGCAGAAGUAUCUGUUACAUCUCUUAGGCCUGAAACUGUUGGGUUCUGUGUUGCUAUAUUAGGCAUUGCCCUAGUUGUGCGAAUCAUAACAACGUUCCUCAUGGUGUCUUUCGCUGGGUUUAAUUUCAAGGAGAAAAUAUUUGUCUCACUGGCAUGGAUGCCCAAAGCCACUGUCCAGGCUGCAAUAGGUUCUCUUGCCCUGGAUACAGCGAGAAGACAUCAAGAUGAGCAACUGGAAACGUAUGGAAUGGAUGUACUGACAGUAGCUUUCUUGGCUAUCUUGAUUACUGCUCCAAUUGGAGCCCUGGUUAUUGGCUUGGCAGGGCCCAGACUUUUGCAGAAGGCUCAGACAAAUAGCAAGGAGGAUGAGGAAGGUGCUGAGGCCAGAGAAGAAGCAGAGGCCUGUGAACCUUCGUGAGACAGACAUCUACUGGAAUAUGGUCCUUCAACCCUUACACAUUUGUUGAGUAAACAUGGCAUGUCUCUAAUCUCGCUGGAGGAAACUAAAACAAGUAUCAGUUACAUCUGCUAUUUUUAAAGCAGCCCUGGUGGAGUUCUAUAAAAUAUUUUUAUGUGUGGAUAGUGCCUUGAGAUGAAAUAGCUGAACACAGAGUGAACAGGCUGACCAGGCAGUGAGUCAGAAGUUAGCAGUCAACAGUUACUCAAAAUGUGUGGGUGGUGAGGCCAGGGAGAGAGUCAGAAUUGUUCAGGCAUGGAGUGGAGUCAUGAGGUGGAAUAUAAACAGAAGAAAAUGGAGAGUAAUGUGAAUAACCUCUUGAUGGUUGAAACUGGGCUGUGAAAUUACAGGUUCAAUAACUCAAAGAAAGCAACUUCCAAAUAAGAGACUGCUGACACAUACUGAACAAGUCCUGC